UUUUUCCUCACUCUUAAAUUCUCCCGACCACUCACUCACUCACAUACUUUUUUUUUUUCCCCAAUUUCCUUUUUACUCUUGAUUUUUAUAAGCAAUGACUGAUAAUGGUAUGACUUAUCAGAGUGUAGCAAAGUGUUAUGCGGAUGCAAAUACAAAAGAACCCAGUAGUUAUUGGGACUACGAUGCUCUUCAAGUCCAGUGGAGUUCCCAAGACAAUUAUGAAAUCGUACGUAAAGUAGGACGCGGUAAAUAUUCUGAAGUGUUUGAAGGCAUUAAUAUCACCAACGGUGAGAAAUGUGUCAUCAAGAUUCUGAAACCAGUCAAAAAGAAGAAGAUUAAGCGUGAAAUCAAGAUUUUACAGAAUUUAGCAGGUGGAAUCAAUGUCAUUGAGCUUUUGGAUGUCGUCAGAGAUCCUCAGUCCAAGACACCCGCUCUAAUUUUUGAAUAUAUCAACAAUACUGAUUUCAAGGUACUUUAUCCCAGAUUCACCGACUACGACGUGCGAUUCUACAUGCAUGAGUUGCUCAAAGCGCUGGAUUUCUGUCACUCCAAAGGCAUCAUGCAUCGUGAUGUUAAACCCCAUAAUGUGAUGAUUGAUCAUGAAAAACAUCAGUUGAGAUUGAUUGAUUGGGGAUUAGCCGAAUUUUAUCACCCUGGAACUGCAUACAAUGUACGAGUGGCUUCACGUUAUUUCAAAGGACCCGAGUUAUUAGUUGAUUUCCAAGAAUACGAUUAUAGUUUAGACAUGUGGAGCUACGGUUGUAUGUUUGCUAGCAUGAUAUUCCGUAAAGAGCCAUUUUUUCAUGGACAUGAUAAUUACGACCAGUUAGUAAAAAUUGCAAAAGUACUUGGCACAGAUAAAUUGUUUGCUUAUCUGGAUAAAUACGGUAUCAAGCUGGACAAACAAUAUCAUGAUAUAUUGGGAAGGUAUGCAUGCAAGCCAUGGGCCAAGUUCAUCACCAGUGAGAACCGUCGCUAUAUUUCAAAUGAGGCACUCGACUUUUUAGAUCACUUACUUCGUUAUGACCAUCAAGAAAGACUGACCGCAAAGGAAGCUAUGGCGCACCCGUAUUUCGAUAUGAUUAAAUAAAUAUUUAGUUUUUGGAACUGCUCAAAAAAAAAAAAUUGGACGUUCUCUUUCGUUUUAUAUAUAUAUAUAUAUAUAUUUCUACUAAUGUCAGGUAAAGUCUAUCAGGAUAAAGUUAUAAAUGUUCC